UGGAUUGUGAAGGUUCUUUCAUUUCCGUAAAACAUCUCUUUUCUGUCGUUUUAAAGCCACGUGAGACAACAUGGAUAAACCAGUAGUUUUGGCUCGUGUUAUAAAAGUCUUAGGACGAACAGGUUCGCAAGGACAAUGUACGCAAGUAAAAGUCGAAUUUUUGGGUGAACAAAAUCGACAAAUUAUCAGGAAUGUAAAAGGACCAGUACGAGAAGGUGAUCUCUUAACCUUACUGGAAUCUGAACGUGAAGCAAGAAGACUUCGAUAAAUAGAAGAAUUUAUCUCCGACACGUAAAAAUCUUCUAUAGUGUCUGGAUUCUAAUAAUAUAAUAAUACAAUUCAUUCCACUGAAGAUGAAGAAAAAUGAAGAUCACCCAUUAUUCCAAUAGCACAGAUAAACUCAGUAUGGCCAAAUUUUUAAUCAUCUAAUUUUUACAUAUAUAUGUCAAUGAAGAUGUUACAAUCUUUGUAAUAAAUAUUGAUUAAUGAGUAA